CUGCCUGCAAUGUUUGAUUCGAAAGGUGUUCUUAGUAUCCUUCACCAUCACCGCCAAUAUAACCAAGCAAGAUGGGUACCGGUUCUGGAUGUUUCAAUUAAUCGUAAAGAAGAAGAAAUAAAUUGGGUUUAUUGGCCUGUUUGGCUUACUGGAACAACCCUUUUUUGUUUCAUUUGCAAGGGUGGUGAUGCCUAUCCUAAUAUCCCUCGACCACUUUUCGAUGAGAUUAGUUGGAAAAUUCCAAUUUGGAAUUUAGACAGACCAGCAGGCCAAUUUGAAGAAAAGCAUGUUUUUGAAUUUGAAGAAGCCAUGGCGAAGAAUGAGUUAGACAAAGUGCGACAAAAUAUCAAAAUGAAAAAUAAAGAAAUGGAUAAAGCAUUAGUGGAAAUGAUUCAUUUGGCUUGUAAAGAAGAGAAACAACAGCGGGCGUUAGAUUUAGCUAAACUAAUGAAUACAUUAAAAUCUGUGGAAAGUGCAAUAAAGCUUGCUUCAUAUAAUCAAUGUAAUGUUUUGGCUGAAAAAAUCCAACAAUUUAAAGAG